AUGGAGCUAGAGGACAUACCGUGGCCAGGAGAGCUCGAGGAGGAGGAGGAGGCGGCGGAGAACUUGGACGAGUACGACGUGGUGAUGGCGGAGGAGAUGGAGGAAGAGGAGGGGCGGAAGCCGGACGCGGAUUUUAACUACGAGAGCCAGCGUCGGGAGAGUACGGACGACGAGGAGGAUGAGGAGGCCAAGGCCUGGCUGCAGGCGCACCCCGGCCGGACUUUGCCUCAGCCGUCGCUCCCGAGGCACCGCUGCUCGGAGGGCGAGCUGACUAGCCUGGGGAAGAGAACAGAAUCUUGGCAUUAUCUUCCUCAAGGAAUGGACUCUUCCCACACCUUGGAUACAACCCAGACCAGGUUUAAUGUGAGAGAGAAAGGGACUGAAGUGACAGACUUCCCCUCUCUGGAGGAAGGUAUAUUGACCCAAUCAGAAAAUCAAGUAAAGGAGUCGAACAGAGAUCUCUUAUGUUCUCCAUUGCUAGUCAUGCAAGACAAUUUCGCUUCUCCUGAUUUGCCUUUGCUGACAUGUUUGACAAAAGAUCAAGAGUUUGGGCCUGAUUCCUUGUUUUACCAAAGUGAACUAGAUUUUGCUCCUCUGAGGGGAAUUCCUGGUAAGUCUGAAGACACUGAAUGGUUUUCUCGACCGUCGGAAGUUAGUGAAGCUUUAUUCCAGGCAGCCUCAGAAGUAGCUUCAAACUUAGUUAACAGUUGCUUUAGAGUAUCUCAGCACCCACUUAUAGGUAGUACAGCUAUUGACUCUCAGCGCUCUUUAUUAACUCUUGAACAAGGGACUAAAGAAGAGAUUGUUUCACCUGAUACACUUGAGGAUCUGAAAACCCCCAAAGACUCUGAUAGUUAUGAUGCUCUUUAUUCAUAUAUGUCAUGGAAGACACAAGAAGUUAUACAGGAGCCAGAAACCAAUUUAGCUGAUAAAGAUCAAGUUUCUUUUUCAACUGCAUCUGAUACAAGUGAUGAAUACAUAACUCCUAAAGGAAGUGACAGUUUUGAUGCUUCUUGUUCAUAUGUGCAAUAUGGGAAACAGGAAGCUUUACAACAGUUAGAAAAAUAUUUAACCAGUAAGGACCGUGAUUCUUAUUCAGAUUCAUCUGACACAAUUGAUAAAAAUAAAAUUCAUAAGGAAAGUGACAAUUUUAGUGCCCCUUUUUCAGAUAUGCCAUGGAGCAAACAGGGAGCUUCACACCAUCCAGAAAUAUGUCUAAUCAGUAAGGACUGUGUUUCUUUUCCACAUGAAGUUGCUCCUCGCUUUUAUAGUAAAAUGCCACAUUGUUUUUUGCAUUGUUUGUUGGAAAGAGGAGGAAGAGAGGUUCCCUUGACAGCUGAUAGUCAUUAUUUUGAGAGUGUUUAUUUAAGGGCUCCUGCUGAGAAUGAGAUGAAACAAAAGAUGGAUUCUUUGGAGGGUUAUAAAGGAAUUGAAGAAGAUCUGGGGAAAGAAUUAUCUCAAUGUUUUGAACUAAAGGAGAAUAGAAAUACUUUAGUAUUAUCAGAGGUGCAUCCCAGAUCUUCAGAAAUACAAUAUAUUGAGAAUGUUGUAGUUACUGAUAAUUCUGUAGAAGUGUCAGAAGCACAUAUACUCUCCACGGGGCAUGAUACCUCUAAGAUGGAGGUUUUUGGUGGUCUUCUUCGGACUAUUAAAUCCAACUCAGAUGAGACAUCAGAACAGCUGUGUUUUCAAGAAGAAGGAAACCAAAAGCCACCUUCUGCUUUUGGUGGGAAAAAUGUUGAUGCUACUGAAAAUGUAGCCUUUCAGGCAGUUAUUGCCUCUAUUGAACCUUCUGAGAAAGAGAGUACAGUAAAUGAAAUCCAAACUGACAUCAAUAAAUCUUUAACAAAUGACAGCCAAGAAAAUGAACCAAAAAAUCCAGAUCUUUCCCUAUUAAAUUAUGCUGAAAACUCUUUCUUUGAUAAACUUAAUCACCCACACUAUCAAUCUACUCCUGGGGUGUUUGAAUCAGCAGCUUCAAAACCAUUGUUGUAUAAAAAAGAUGAUGGUGAUAGCUCCCUGUACUGGCAUCCUAAUAUAAAAUCACUCCCCAGUGCUCCUCAGGAAAUAUUCAUUAAGCCACUUUCUCUUAGUCCAGAGCUUAAGUCGUCAUCUUCUUUAAGUGAAAAAUCUCUCAGACAGGCUGUUGGUCUUGGCAAGACACAGUCAGCUUUAUUUCAGUAUGAUACAGACAAUGAACCAUUUCUUCCCAUUGGGAAGAUAAAGUCUGUUUCUGCUCUUGACCUUGCAGAGAAGUUAGGAUCUUCAAACAUUAUUUAUCCAAUGAAAGUAUGGACUUCAGAUUCUUUGGUUUUACAAGAUUUAAAGCAGCACACCUUUGAAGAAGUUGCAGAUUCCUCAAACUGUAUUUUGGGUGAGAAUGGAAACUCUAGUAACGUCAUUGAAGGUCCAUCUGCAGCUGUAGGAAGCAGCUUUUCAGCAAACUUGGUGGCAUGUAAUGCAAAGUCACAAGGUACUUUGCCAGUGAUCAGUGAUGCAUCAUUAAUUGCAGUUGGCCAAGAGACAUUGCUGAAAGCUGAUAUAGACCAAGGUGAAAUUCCUUGGCCUGUGGGAGCCAAGUCCAGUUUUACUGUCUAUACAAUUAUGCAAAAUGACUCCUAUUUUGUAGAGGGCCUGCAGGGGAAGGCUGAAUCUGACAUCUAUACUCUGGAUGAUGAUACUGAAUGCUGUAGCCUAGAUGAAAAUGAUGUUGUAUGCAGGAAAAGAGUUGUUGAACUACAAAGAGAGAUAUGUGACCAAGGUGACUUGACUGGUGAGUGCAUUAAGCUAGCAGGUUUAGAAAAUUUGCUUGAUGAUCUAGAGAUUUGUGACAGCUCCCUGCCCUGGCAGUCUACUGUACAGCUACCAUCUAAGGAAGAGAGCAGUUUUGAAGAGCCUGUAUGUCUUUCUAAUAUGGACAUUAAUCAGUCUUUUGCAUCUGUAUUGCCUCCAUCUGUUCCUCAUGAGCCAACUAGAGAGUUGGAGUAUCACUCUUCAGAUCUCAGAAUGUUGAGGGUAUCUCCUGACACUGUGCCAGGGACUUUCAAACAUUCAACAGGGGAUACGUCCAAAGGAGACAUAGCUGAAAUUCCUCAGUCCACCUUGAAACCAGGCAUCACUACCACUCCUGAAGAUUCAGACACUGUAUCUCAUUUAUCCUUGUCCCCUGAGGACUUUUCUCAGUUGGCUGGAAGGUCUCCUCAAGUGAAGAAUAUUGGUCAACAUACUGAUACUCUCAACCAACAGACAUUAGCAGACAGUCGUCUAACUGAAGAGGCUCUAAAAGUUUCAGCUGUUCCUGGGCUAGCUGACCAGAAGACUGAGAUAGCAACAGUGCCCUCUAGUUCCUACUCACAAAGAGGGAAGCCAAAUAUUUUCUACCCACCGGGCUUGCCAGAUGGUUAUCUAACUGAAGAGGCUCUAAAAGUUGCAGCUGUUCCUGGACUUGGUGACCAGAAGACAAGUAUAUCUACAGUCCCUCCAAGUUUCUACUCACUUGGAGAGAAGCACAGUAUUUUCUACCCACAGGCAUUGCCAGACGGUCAUCAAACUGAAGAGGGUCUGAAUGUUUCAGUUCUUCUUGGACUAGCUGAUCUAAAGACUGGAAAACCAACAGUACCGGCUAGUUCCUACUCAGUUGGAGAGGAGCCUGGUAUUUUCUACCAACAGGCCUUGCCAGGCAGUCAUCUACCAGAAGAGGCUCUGAAAGUUUCACCUUCUCCUAGACCAGUUGAUGAAAAGACUGGGUUGCCUACUGCAUCCUGUACCUCUUACUCACAUGGAGAGAAGCCUCGUAUUUUCUAUCAACAGACAUUGCCAGAAAGUCAUCUAACUGAACAGGCGCUGAAAGUUUCAGCUGCUUCUGGACACCCUGUACAGAAGACUGAGAUUCCCGUAGUAACUUCUACUUCUUACUCACAUAGAGAGCAGCUCAGUAUUUUGUGUCAGCAAGAAUUGCCAGACAGUCAUCUAACUGAACAGGCUCAGAAAGUUUCAGCUGCUCCUGGAUUGGCUGAGCAGAAGACUUGGCUUCCUACUGUACCCUCUAUAUCUUACUUACAUAGAGAGAAGCCCAGUAUUUUCUACCAGCAAGAGUUGCCAGACAGUCAUGUAAUUCAAGAGGUUCAACAAGUUUCAGCUGCUCUUGGAUUGGCUGAGCGGAAGACUGGGAUUCCUACCAUACCCUCUACUUCCUAUUCACAUAGAGAGGAACCUCUUAUUUUCUACCAACAAGAGUUGCCAGACAGUUGUCUAACUGAACAGGCUGAGCAAGUUUCAGCUGCUCCUGGAUUGGCUGAGCAGAAGACUGGGAUAUCGACAGUACCCUCUACUUCUUAUUCACAUAGAGAAAAGCCCAGUAUUUUGUACCAGCAAGAGUUGCCAGACAGUCAUCUAACUGAACAAGCUCAGAAAGUUUCACCUGCUCCUGGAACCCCUGAGCAGAAAACUGGGAUUCCUAUAGUAACUUCUACUUCUUACUCACAUAGAGAGAAGCCCAGUAUUUUCUACCAACAGGAUUUGCCAGAUAGUCAUCUAACUAAAAAGGCUCAGAAGGUUCCAGCUCUUCCAGGACUAGCUCUCCAGAAGAGUGGGACACCAAUAGCACCCCCUGCUUUCUACUCACAUAGAGGGAAGACCAGUGUAAUCUAUCAGCAGGAGUUGCCAGACAGUCAUCUAAGUGAUCAGACUCAGAAAAUUUCAGCUAUUCCUGGACUAGUUGCCCAGAACACUGGGAUACAGACAGUACCCUCUAGUUCCUACUUGCAGAGGGAGAAGCCCAUUAUUUUUUACUGGCAGGAGCUGCCAGACAGUCUUCUAACUGAAGAGGCUGUAAAAGUUUCAGCUUUUCCUAGAACAGCUGACCAGAACACUGAGAUACCAACAGGGUCGUCUAGGUCCUACUCAUUUGGAGAGAAGCCAGGUGAUUUUUUCUACCAGCAGGUGUUACCAGAUGGUAAUCUAAGUGAAGAGGCUCUGAAAGUUUCACCUGCGUCUAGACCAAGUGACCAGAAGACUGGGAUACUCUCAGUACCUGCUAGUUCCUACUCACAUAGAGAGAAGCCUAGUAUUUUCUACCCACAAGCCUUGCCCGGCAGUCAUCUAUCUGAAGAGGCUCUGAAAGAUUCAGCUAUUUCUGGACUCGCUGAUCAGAAGACUGGGACAUCAGAACCUUCUGGUUCCUACUCACAUAGAGAGAAAUCCAGUGUUUUCUACCAACAGGAGUUGCCAGAUAGUCAUCUAACUGGAGAGGCUCAGAAAGUUUCAGGUGUUACUGGAACAGGUGACCAGAAGACUGGGAUACCUAUAGUAACCUCUGCUUCCUACUUACAUAAAGAGAAGCCCACUAUUUUCUACCAGCAGGCCUUACCAGAUAGAUAUCUUACUGAAGAGGCUCUGAAUGUUUCAACUGCUCCCAGACCAACUGACCAGAAGACUGGGAUACCUGCAGUACCAUCUAGUUCCUAUUCAUAUAGAGAGAAGCCCAUCAUUUCUUACCAGCAAGAGUUGCCAGAUCUUACUCAACUGGCUUUAAAAGUUUUAGAGGUUCCUGGACCAGCUGACCAGGAGAUUGGGAUACCAGCAAUAAUCUCUACUUCUUCCUCAUAUGGAGAGAAGCCCAUCAUUUCUUACCAGCAAGAGUUGCCAGAUCCUAAUGAAGAUGCUUUAAAACGUUUAGACCUUCCUGGACAAGCAGACCAGACCACUGGGAUGCGAAUUGUGCCCCCUACUUCCUAUUCACAUAGAGAGAGCCCCAUCUUUUCUUACCAGAAGGAGUUGCCAGAUACUACUGAAGAAACUUUAAAAGUUUUUGCUCUUCCUGGAGCAGCUGACCAGAACGCUGAGAUACCAACAGGGCCUUCUAGUUCUUACUCACAUAAAGAGAAACUCAAGAUUUUACCAGAUGACCAGAAGGCUGAGUUACUGUCAGCUCCCCUUAGUUCCUACUCACAUAGAGAAAAGCCUAAGACUUCAACUGUGAUUGGACCAGACGACCAGAAGACUCCAUUACUGACAGGUUUUCCUAAUUCUUAUUCUCAGAGAGUAAAGCCCAGUAUUUUCUUUCAACAGCAGUUGCCAGAUAGACAUCAAAGUGGAGAUAUUCUGAAGAUUUCACCUGUUUCUGAACCAACUGAUGUGAAUUCUUGGAUACAAAUACCUCUUUCUAGUUCCUCUUCACACAGAGAGAAAUCUAAUAUUUUCUACCCAAAGGAAUUGCCAGACAAACAUCCCACUGAAGAUUCACUGAAGGUUUCAACAGUUCCUGGACCAGCUGACCAAAAAACUGUGUUACCAGCAGUUCCUCCUAGUUCCUUUUCACAUAGAGAGAAACCAGUUCUUUUCUACCAACAGGAUUUGCCAGAAAGACAUCUAACUGAAAAUAACCUGAAGUUCUCAAGUAGUCUUGGGCAAGCUGGUCAGAUUACUGGGUUAUCAACAGUUCCCCCUAGUACUUAUUCACAUAGUGAGAAGCACAAACUUGUUUCAGACCAUGUCCAAACGCUGAUAGAUAAUUUGGAUUCUUCUAACGCCAGUGUUAUCUCAAACAACAUGCCUUUAAAUUCUCAGGCUGAUGGUAGAAUUGUAAUAAAUAAGCCAGAAUCUUCAGGUUUUGAAGAUGUUGGCUCUAAGGAAAUCCAGGAUACGGAAAACAGUUCCAAAACUCUUAAAGAGAUUCAGUCACUUUUAAUGGAAGCAGAAAAUGUAGCACUGAGACGAUGCAAUUUUCCUGUUCCCCUUGUCCCUUUCAGAGAUGUUAGUGAUAUUUCAUUUAUACAAUCUAAGAAGAUGGUUUGCUUCAAAGAACCCCCCACAACUGAUGCAUCUAAUGGUGAUUUGUCUCAGAGACAGCCAUUCACAGAAGAAAGCCCAAGCAGCAAGUGCAUACAGAAGGAUAUUAGCACACAGACGAAUCUGAAAUGCCAGAGAGGCAUUGAAAAUUGGGAGUUUAUUAGUUCAACUACAGUUAGAAGUCCUUUACAGGAAGCAGAAAGCAAAGCCAGAGUGGCAUUAGACGAGACCCUUAGGCAAUAUAAAGCAGCCAGAUCUGUAAUGAGAUCUGACCCUGAAGGGUAUAGUAGAACCAUUGAGAAUAAGAUUGUUAUUCCUAUGAUGACUGUCAUUAAAAGUGAUUCAAGUAGUGAUGCAAGUUCCUGCUCAUGGGACAGUAAUUCCUUGGAGUCAGUUUCUGAUGUGCUUCUAAACUUCUUUCCAUAUUCUUCACCCAAGACAAGCAUGACAGAUAGCAAAGAGGAAGAGAGUGUGUUAGAGAGUGACGAUGGCAGUGGUAGCAGUGUAGAUUCACUGGCUGCACAUGUGAAAAACCUUCUGAAAUGUGAAUCCUCAUUGAACCAUGCUAAACAAAUACUCAGAAAUGCAGAGGAGGAGGAAUCUCGGGUACGGGCACGAGCCUGGAAUCUGAAGUUUAAUAUGGCUCAUGAGUGUGGCUACUCCAUUUCAGAAAUAAAUGAAGAUGACAGGAGAAAAGUAGAAGAGAUCAAAGCAAAGUUGUUUGGUCAUGGGAGAACAACUGACUUGCCCAAGGGUUUACAGAGUCCACAGGGGAUAGAAUGCAAGCCAGAAGCUGUAUGUAGUCACAUUAUUAUUGAGAGCCAUGAAAAAGGAUGUUUCAGGACUCUAACAGCUGAACGGCCACAAUUGGACAGCCACCCUUGUGUUUUCAGAUCUGCUGAACCCUCAGAAAUGAUCAGAGGACAACGGAGCCCAUCAUCAUGGACAACUGGGCACAUCAACCUUGCCAAGUCACUGGACCAGAACAACUCCCAUUUCAAAGUUUGGAAUUCAUUGCAGUUACAAAGUCAUUCCCCAUUUCAAAACUUUAUAGGUGAUGACUUGAAAAUUAGCAAGGGUCUUCGAAUGCCAUUCCGUGAAAAGUUGGACCCUUGGCUAUCAGAAUUAGUAGAACCUGCUUGUAUGCCACCUGAAGAAAUGGAUUGUCAGUCGUCAUCACAAAUGCUGCCCCCAGAACCCAUGAAAAAGUUUACUACCUCCAUCAUUUUCUCAUCUCACCGACAUUCUAAAUGCUUUUCAGAUUCCUCUUUUCUUAAGGUUGGUGUUACUGAAGGUAGCCAGUGUACUGGAGCAUCUGUGGGGCUAGUUAGUUCUCAUAUCACUGAAGAGCAAAAUCCUACUAGAGAUCUAAAAGAGAAAACCUCUUCCCCUUCAUCAUUUAAAAUCAUUAGUCAGUCACCAGAUAAAGCUGUGACUAUUUUAGCAGAAAAUAGUAGGCAAAGCCAAAAAUUAUCUGUUGCACAUUCUCACCAAGAAGAAAAACCCUUAGAAAGAUCAGAUUUUAAAGGCAGUCAUUCUAAGCCCAGUACCAGUGCAAAUGAUAGCAAUUUCAAGGAAGUUCAUUUUUCUGAUAACGAUACUCUCAUUAACAUGGGCAGACCCAGUUCCACACUAGGAGUAAAAGAGAAGAAUGUAACUAUAACUCCAGAUCUUCCUUCGAACAUUUUUCUUGAACAAGAGCUCUUUGAACAAAGCAAAGCCUCACAUGCAGAUCACCGUGUGAGAAAACACAAUUCUCCCCCUCCUCAACAUCAGGAUUAUGUAGCUGCAAAUCUCCCUUGUCGUGUUUUUCUUGAAAAACGAGAACUCUUUAAACAAAGCAAGACCCAACAUAAAGAUAAUCAGUUGAGAGAAAACCACUCUCCCCUUCCUCAAAGUCAGGAUUAUAUAGCUUCAGACCUUCCUUCUCGCAUUUUUCUUGAACAACGUCAGCUCUUUGAACAAAGCAAAGCCCCAGAUGUAGAUCACCACAUGGGAGAACACCAUUCUUCCUUUCCUCAAGGUCAGGAUUAUAUAGUAGAAAAGAAUAAUGAACAUGAGCCUAAAUUACACAUUUCUGAUAUGAUAAAUGUUGAAGGCAAAUUCAGUGAUGUGGCCUCCCCAUCAGCCCCAAAUCAAUGUACAGUAGUAACAUCUGCAUCUACUCCACCUUCAAAUAGAAAAGCACUUUCUUGUGUUCGUAUAACUCUUUGUCCCAAGACUCCUUCCAAGUUGGAUAGUGGAACCUUAGAUAAAAGAUUUCAUUCAUUGGAUCCUGCCUCUAAAACAAGGAUGAAUAGUGAGUUUAACUCUGACCUACAGACUAUAUCUUCAGAAUCACUGGAACCAACCUCCAAAUUAUUGACCAGUAAACCUGUAGCACAGGAUCAAGAAUCUUUAGGUUUUCUAGGACCUAAAUCUUCACCGGACUUCCAAGUCGUACAGUCUCCUCUUCCAGAUAGUGAUAUUAUUUCCCAGGACUUGAAAACCAUACCUUUUCAGAAUAACCAGAUAGUAACCUCAAGGCAAACACAAGUGAACAUUUCAGAUUUGGAAGGAUAUUCCAAUCCAGAAGGGACUCCAGUAUCUGCAGUUCGAUCACCAAAGGAGACUAAGACCCCCUUUUCUCCCUUCUCUGGAAAAUUAUCAUCUGAUGCAGUCACUCAGAUAACAACAGAAAGUCCAAGAAAAGCCAUGUUUUCAUCUGAGAUUUUUGUUAAUGCUGAAGAUCAUGGACAUGAUAUUCCAGAGCUCAGUACACGGAAGUUGGGCAAAGUUCCUGUCAAGUUUGCUUCAUCGUCUUCAGUCCAACAGAUUACUGUUCCUCAUGGCACAGAUGGCCAGCCUUUACUGUUGCCAUAUAAGCCUUCUGGUAGUACGAAGAUGUACUAUGUUCCCCAAUUAAGACAGAUUCCUUCAUCUCUGGAUUCCAAGUCAGACACCACCAUUGAGAGCUCACACUCAGGAUCCAAUGAUGCCAUUGCUCCAGACUUCCCGGCUCAGGUGCUAGGCACAAGGGAUGAUGACCUGGCAGACACUGUUAACAUUAAACAUAAAGAGGGAAUCUACAGUAAGAGGGUGGUAACUAAGGCAUCCUUGUCAAUGGGGAAAAAACCCUUUCAGAAAGAUAAUGCAGAUGCUCAAGUUCAAGUUCUUACCACUGGGGAUGAGGACCUCUCAGACAAAAACCAGAAAAAGGAGAUCUACAGUGAAAGGGCAGUGACCGAGGCUUCUCGAUCUGAAGAAAAAGAAUCCUUGCAGAAAGACAUUACAGGUUCCAGUGCUGCUGCUGCUUCAGAGCAGUCAGCUCAACUACAAGACACGAAGAUUGUUAGUCUACCAGACACUAAAGCCACUAAACAGAAAGAGGAGAUCCACAGUAAGAGGACAGUUCCUAAGGAAGGCUGGCCCGAAGAGAAGAAAUCCUUGCAAAUAGAUAUUGCAGAGUCCAGAUGUCAUUCAGAAUUUGAAAAUACCACCCAUUCUGUCUUCAGGUCAGCUAAGUUUUACUUUCAUCAUCCAGUGCACCUACCAAGUGAUCAAGAUUUUUGCCAUGAAUCCUUAGGAAGAAGAGUUUUCAUGAGUCAUUCUUGGAAAGAUUCCUUUCAGCAUCAUCCAGACAAACAAAGAGAACACACUUGUCUUCCUUCCUCUUAUCAAAAUGUGGCAAAGACAAAGUCAGAUUAUACCACAAUAGAGAGCCUCAGUAUCAAUGUAAACUUGGAAAACAAAGAAGUAAAGCAUACUACUAAAAGUCAGGCUAGAGAUUUUCUAAAAUAUGACAAACAAGUUAAUGACCUAAAAAGGGAUCAUAAGGCCACCCCAGAGUUAACAGCUCAGCACACUGUGAGUUUAAAUGAACUCUGGAACAGGUAUCAGGAGCGACAGAGGCAACAGAAACCUCCUGAGUUCAGUGCCAAGAAGGAACUUUCCUUGGUGGAGCGACUUGAUCAUUUGGCUAAACUUCUUCAGCAUCCCAUCACACAUUUUCUCCAGCCCUCAGAAAGUACACAGGAUGAUAGCAAAGGGAAACAAGAUGUUAAGGAAUGGAGUGGUAGACAGCAACAGCAGAAAAACAAGCUUCAGAAAAAGAAACAGUAUAAAAGCCUGGAGAAAUGCCAUAGAAACACAGGAGAUCUUAAAAAAAACAAGAUUCUUUCUACUCAUCAAGCUGGGAGGUCCAAUCAGAUUAAAAUUGAACAGAUUAAAUUUGAUAAAUAUAUUUUGAGAAAACUGCCAGGUUUUCAUUAUAUAAAUAACACUUCUUCAGAUUCUAGACACUCAGAGGAGAGUGAGCUGCUCACAGAUACUGCCACCAACAUCCUUUCCACCACCACUUCUGUGGAAUCAGAUAUAUUGACCCAAACAGAUAAGGAAGUGACUCUGCAUGAGAGGAGCAGCUCUAUUUCCACCAUUGAUACUGCCCGACUGAUCCAUGCUUUUGGUCAUGAAAGAGUUUGUUUGUCACCCAGGCGAAUUAAAUUAUACAGCAGCAUCACCGACCAUCAGAGGAGAUACCUUGAGAAGCGGAGCAAGAAAAACAAGAAACCAUUGAAUACAGGUUAUCCCCAAAUUACUUCAGAACACACCAGAAGGAAACACGUCCAGGUGACAGACCAUAUUUCUUCUGACUCUGUUUCGUCUUCUACCAGCAGUUUCUGGAGCUCGAGCUCUACCCUUUGCAACAAGCAAAAUGUACAUAUGUUAAAUAAGGGCAUACAAGCAGGUACGUUGGAGAUUGUGAAUGGUGUCAGAAAACACACUCGAGAUGUUGGAAUGACUUUCCCAACUCCAAGUUCUAGCGAGGCUAGAGUAGAAGAGGACAGUGAUGUGACUUCUUGGUCAGAAGAAAAGAUAGAAGAGAAAAGCCUCCUUACCAGUUAUCCUGGGGACAGAAAGUUAAGGAAGAAUAAGCAGAGCUGCUGGGAAGGAGUUUCAUGGUUUGUUCCUGUGGAAAAUGUGAAGUCUGGUCCUAAGAAGGAAAACCUGCCCAAGUUUCAUGGCCCUGGUGUCUCCUGGUUUGCACCAGUAACCAACACCACACCUUGGAGGGAGCCACUACAGGAACAGAACUGGCAAGGACAGCACAUGGACAGCCACAGUUCACUAGCAGGCCCAGGCAGAGAUCCACUGAAGCCAUUUGUGAGAGCAACCCUACAGGAAUCACUGCAACUUCACAGACCUGACUUCAUCUCCCGCUCUGGGGAACGGAUAAAGCGCCUGAAGUUAGUAGUCCAGGAGAGGAAGCUGCAGAACAUGUUACAGAGUGAACGGGAGGCACUGUUCAACACUGUGCGAGAAUGGCAGGGCCACCGGGACGCCAUGCACCUGCUCCCUAAGAGAGGCUUCCUGGCUGCCCAAAAGAAAAGGCCUGUUGGAAAGAAGGAAAUGAUUCAGCGGUCUAAAUGGAUUUAUGAACAGCUUCCAGAAGUACAGAAAAAGAGAGAAGAGGAAAAGAGGAGAUUGGAAUAUAAGUCGUAUCGGCUGCGAGCCCAGCUAUAUAAAAAGAAAUUGACCAAUCAACUCUUGGGGAGAAAAGUUCCUUGGAACUGACAUAAGAAUAUUUUCCUCAGAGCCUUGGAAUUAUAUUUUAUCAGCCUGGAGGAGCACAAUCCUUACUUUUAUGAGUCUGGUUUAAUAAAACUUAUCUUGUUGUCCA